AUGAAGAUAACUAUAUUCAUUGCCUCAUUUUUUGCUGUUGUUCAAGUAAAUGGAUAUCGAUUGAAACGAGCUGUUGGAGAUUUGCCUACAAAAGAAGAGAUGCUGAAAACCAAUCGGUUUGAGUAUUUUGAAGAAAAGGUAUGUGAAAAUUUGGAAGGAGGAAGAAUUGAUCCAUUAGAUAGUGGAAAGCAAUCUGGGGGAUCUUUGUUAUAGUAAAGUUCCGAAAAAUAUAUUCCUCGUGGCAUAAAUGAUUAAGAUAAUCUGUUAUCCGCAAAUCAUAUUCUCUAUACUUUCUUCAACAUUUUUUGUUCAGUUUUCAAAUUUUACGAGAAAAAAAAGUUCAUGUAAACUUCUUUCUAGAAAUUCAAACCUUCUCGAUAUUUCCCAGAUUUCUUCUACCCUCUCCAAAAUCUUUAACUUCCAGGUCAACCAACUUGCUGGAAUCAGUUGUGAUCUUUGCGUUCGUUCGAUUUAUGGACUCAAUUACGAUUUUAUUCAAAUGAAAGACAAUGUUCUAGAUAUGAUAACUCUUGAUUGUGAAGCACUUUUCCAUCAAAAUCCAGAUGAAAUUGCAACAUGCAUUCAAUUUAUGUCAUCAAAAGUGACAAAAUACUCAAAUAAGGUAUGCAUUAACCUUUUUUCUUUUGCUUUUUUCCUCUCUUUCCUAUUUCGUUUCAAUACCACCUGGUCGGUCGGUCAAUUUCUUCUUUUUGAUUGAUAAUCCCCCUUUUCAUAGGUUCAUUCAUUCAUUCAGAAAAGUCCCCCGCGCGCAGAAAUACACAUAAACGUUUAAUCGAAACCUAACUAAAUUAACACUUAUUCACACAGGCGUUUCCCUGGUAACAAAAACCUUUCCAGAAUGUAUGUAUUGAAUAGUGCAACACAGAUUUGUUGAAUAAUCAGAUAUAGCUAGCCGACAUGGGAAAAUUGAGCUUGCAAAAAAAGUUCAAUUUCCUUUGCCUAUGAUUAAUAUGUGUGUGUGUGUGUAUUUAUACAUUUGAUUAAAGUAUACUGUAAUCGGAAAUUGCAUUAGUUGUCCAUUGAAUCUGAAAUGACACGAAAUAAAAAAUACAUAACAUAAAAUUAUUCAUAAGAGAAAAAAAAAGAAUCCCUUUUUCAACUGUGUAUAUAAAAAGAAAAAGCUUCGAAGAAUCUCGCACCUUUAAUUAGCGCACUUCAUUGAGCUACGCCGUCUUUUUUCUCGUUAAUCCCCUCAUUUGUGCAUGGUCAAAAUGAAUAACAAAAUAUAUUUUAUUUUAAACAAUACAAAUUUUCAAAACAGACUGACAUAUUAUUUUCAGGUCGAAAAAUUGCUCGAUUCUCGUCGGAUUUGUGCAUUAUUACGUGUAUGUCCUGCUGUUGUUGAACCUGAGAAAAAAUCGACAUUGAAGAAAAAGUUCUUCUCAGUUUCUGAUAAUAAAUUGUAA